UCCUUUCCUAUUGGUCUACUAGGAUGCAUUGCCUCCAGAUUCUUCUCCUAUUGGUCCUCCCGGCCUUCAGCCACGCCUCCCCUAAUCCCUUACUGAGCCAGCACUGGGAAAUGUGGAAGAAGUUCCACCAUAAGGAAUACAGCAGCCAGCGGGAGGAGGGCGAGAGGAGGCUGAACUGGGAGACGAAUCUGCGGCUGACGGAGCUGCACAACCUCGAGGCUUCGCUGGGCCUGCACUCCUUCACCAUGGGACUCAACCACCUGGCUGACAUGACGCCGGAGGAGGUGGACGCCAGGCUGAACGGGCUCCUGGUGCCCGAGGACCUCGAUGCCAACCUGACCGUGGCUCUGCCGCUAGAUGGCGCCCUUCCGCCGACGGUCGACUGGCGGAAAAACGGGCUGGUGUCUGACGUUAAAAGCCAGGGCUCGUGCGGCUCCUGCUGGGCCUUCAGCUCGGCCGGGGCGCUGGAGGCGCGGAUGAAGAAGCGGACGGGCCGCCUGGUGUCCCUCAGCCCGCAGAACCUGGUGGACUGCAGCCGGAGCUACGGGAACCACGGCUGCAACGGCGGCUACCUCUCCAAGGCCUUCCAGUACGUCGUCCAGAACGAGGGCCUGGACUCCGACAGCUUCUACCCCUACGAGUUCAAGGUGAGGAGGGGAGGGGGGGGGGCUUUCUUCCGUGUGUGUGUCUGUGUCUCGCUGCGCUGGGGCCCUGGGUGCCAUUCCGGACCUGGGGUGCUGUCUGUGUGGAGUUUGCACGGUCUUUGGCCCGGUGCUCUGGUCUCCUGCCCCAGUGAAUUGGCUUCUGGGAAAACUCGCUCUGGUGCGAGUGGUCUGGCUGCCCGCCCUGCGGCAAACUGGUGUCCCAUCCUGGGUGCGUCCUUCCUUGCUCCCGUCACCUGGGAUAGGCUCGGGCUCCCCAGCAACUUCCGAAUCGGAGCAAGCAGUUAGAAAAUCGCUGGAUGG